CACCACCUCACAACCUGAUACGGAGUACCCAUGCAAAUCACCAGAUAUUUAAAUAUCGCACUAUCUUUCUACCGGCAAAAGUUCCAGAGGAUGGCGACCAGGUCGUAUCUAGAGAUCGCGGAAGAUUGGGACAACUUCCCAUAUAUCGAUGUGACUUCUUGCCCUUCUAAUGAUGAUGGCCAGGCCUCGUGGUACCGGUUCCUCCUCCCAAACGACUCGCGACCGCAUGGGUUCAUGCUGCCCUGGGUGGUCAACCAAAUGCCCUGGACGUCUGACUUCGUCAUCAGCCACGAGAAGCCACGCACUGUCCAACUACUCGAUUCCUCCAACGGGGCAAACACGGCGCAAGCCUGCAACACUGCUCUCGAGAAAGUCAUAUCCAAGGCUAUAGACCAGCGGGCGUUCAAGGGAUUCGACCGAGCUUCAAGCGAGCAGUUCCGAGUCAUAGGAUCACGACUCCCAAUACACAUCAGCCGGACCGCCUCGGCCAUAUUCGGCAUUGCAGUUCGCGGCGUACACAUGAUUGUAUACAAGCGUACGGCUGGGCACAUGAAGAUAUGGGUACCUCGGCGAGCGCCCACACUAUUCUCCUACCCCGAUCUGCUAGACAGCGCAGUAGGAGGCGGGGUACGAGCGGACGAAUCGCCCUUCCAAGCCAUGAUCCACGAAGCGGACGAAGAAGCAUCUAUUACAGGACCGUAUCUCAAGGAUAACGUGCGAUCCUGUGGAGCGCUCACGUAUAUGUCCGUGACAGAUGGACGCACGGGGUACGAGAAGGGGCUUCUGGUCCCCGAAGUCGUCUACGUUUAUGAGCUCGAGGCCCCUGAAGAUAUGGAACUGAAGCCGAAUGAUGACGAGGUCGGCCGAUACGAUCUCAUGGAUGUGGAUCAAAUCGCGCGGGAACUGAAGGCUAAACGGUUCAAGCCGAGCGCUGCGGCAGUGAUGGUCGAUUUCUUCAUUCGCCACGGCAUCAUUACGGACGAUAACGAGCCGGAUUUUCUACGACUUAUAGGUCAUAUCCAUCGGCCGCUGCCCGUCCCCAUAUCACGUUCAAACGAAGAGAAGCUAUGACGGGUCUGCGAUUGACAUCGCGGGUUCGUCGCUAUUCAUGCAGCAUAGAGCCAUUUCAAGACCAUCAUGUGGCUUGUUUUACCAAGGCGAGAAAAUGAAAGAGCUCUUGGACGUAAUGACUUUCUUCCUCUGUAGUUCAAUCUAUAGUCUUGGGGUUAUAGCCUUCAGCGAUGCAGCAGACUU